UCUUGGACACCGUCAGCGAAACUGGAACACAGACCUUCGACACCAUGACUAAGGAGCUGAUGCCCUGUGGCAGUCUGCACUACGCCGUCAAGUCCAUGAUCUACAUGGGAUGUGGACCCUCUGGAAUGGCGCCC